CGCCCUGCCGGAGAGGUUGGGACCGAAUCGUUUCCUAGGUGACAGGGCCGCAGCAUCGACGUUCGACUGAGCGCGUCUGGCAAAGGCUCCCAGAGGGCCGCGCGCUGCCGGCUGCGGGCGCCGUCAUGGCGGGUUUGCUGAAGAAGACCACUGGCCUGGUGGGAUUGGCUGUGUGCGACACUCCGCACGAGAGGCUGACAAUAUUGUACUCGAAGCUUCUCGAUAUUAUGAAGCUCUUCCCUAAGCAGGCAGCCUAUAGGAAGUACACGGAACAGAUCACCAGUGAGAAGCUGGAGAUGGUCAAAGCAGUAAGUAGCUCAGCCAUUGGAGGACUGAAACGCCGCACGUGUUUCUGGGGGUGUAGCUCAGCAGUUGAAUAUUGCCUCACAUGUGGAAGGACCUGGUUCUGCUUUCCCAUACCAUCAUCACAAGUAAAUGUUGCUAUCAUUAGUGCUCUUUUCAUCUCAUUUAUGGACUAAAAAAGCCCCUGACAAUG